AUGCCUUCCGGAUUCCCCAACUUUCGCCAAAUCCCAUCUAACCUCGAGGUCGUGAUGGCCAAUCGACAAGCUGCUCUGUUGAAGAAGGACGCUAUGAAAGAUGCCACCGACGACGAUUCACAAAGCAUGGCUAGCAGUGACACGCUGGUGAACAAGAGCAAGUCGAACAAACCGGGGUUCUCGUCGGGAUGGAAGCGAAUGUGGUUAUUGACUCAAGAACGAGUGCUUAAGUAA